CCUUGUAGCUUUGACCCCUGGAUCAGCGGACAAAGUACGCAUACCUAUCUCCAGGAUGUUUGUGCUCGGUGUCCCCUUAGAUAGGAAAAUAGAUGACCCCAGCUCCCCUGGAGGAUGAAUCCGAACGAGAUGACCUCAUUCCAACACUCUUUCGAGCAUCCAGGCCAGUCCAUUCCCUUCCCAAGAUGGCUAGUAGAACAGGUGACCAAACUGGCAUGCACUGUCAGCAGAACCAAGUGGGUCGACACCACCAUUACACUCAGGAUCAGAGGAGGAAUAAUGAGGUUAAAAGCCCAAGAUAUCUCCCGGUAGUAUGCAUGCCCUACAGUAGUACGGGGGCCCCCUCCUCUGCCAUGGCUGACCCAGUGCCCCCCUGGUCGCCCGCACGGGGAUGGGGUUGUCUGAAACACAGAACAGGGAUUAGCCUCAGCAAGGCAGCCCGUAUUGGCCAGUUGCAGUCCGGGUCGGGGGCUAAAGUCUGACUCUGGUUAAGAUGGGCGAGGACUCAGCGCUUAGGCGGGCAUGUAAG